CAGUCAGGGUUGGCUGCGGAUACUGGGCUUUGCGCUCUAUUUCGUUGUGGUCUGGCUGUCGGUCCGUAGGCACACCUACGGCUAUUCCAUCAUGGCGAGGGUAGCGGUACCGUGGUGAACGAUGAGAGAUCACUUUCAGAGCAAGGAGUUCCGGGGAUACGUGAGCAGCACUCACUUCUGGGGUCCCGUGUUCGACUGGGGCCUUCCGCUGGCUGCCUUUAAAGACAUGAAGGCGUCGCUGGAGAUCAUCAGUGGCCGCAUGACGACAGCGUUCAUCUUGUACUCGGCGAUCUUCAUGCGCUUCGCCUACCGCGUACAGCCUCGAAACCUGCUGCUGAUGACGUGCCACUGUACCAACGUGAUGGCACAGAGUGUGCAGGCCAGUCGCUACCUACUCUACCACGGCGGCGGCGCCGAGGCUAAAGCCCGCGACACUCCCGUCGCGGCCGCCACCAGCCCGGGUUCCCAGCCCCCGAAACAAGCUUCUUAAGAACUGAGAGGGCCUGAUCUCAUCUCUGCAGGUCACAAGCACUGAACUGUCAUUCCUCCUGAAAAAAGGCCAAUGAAGACCUCGGUUUUGACUCUAAAACAGUGCGAAUCUGACUUAAACCUGCAGUUUGAUUAAUAAAGAAAUACAAAGUAACAUUGAACUGAAGUUGAGUGUUGCCUCUUUUGUAAACUGGAAAUGUUUUUUAGAAGGGGAGGAUGGAUUAGCUGGUCUUUCUCUUCACAGGACCUGCAACUCAAGAUAGUUUAAUAUGGGGGAGGAAGACUUUGAAUGUAAAGCACUUCACAGCUUUUUUGUUUUUUCUUAAAGCUCUCUUGGGAACAUAUUUUUGUUACUUGUUUUGGAUGUCCAGGGCAAACAGGGUUGCUUAGUAUCACACAUGACUCACAACUUGGUGCAGUCACAAAUCUGUACGUCAAAAAACG